AUGGAAGGUCGAGAAGCAAUGUCAUUCCCAGGAGCUCAUCAUCAUCCUCCUCCUCCUUUCUAUUUACCCAGAGGAGCUUUCACUUCAAUCUCACCUUCUCAAUCCGCGAAUGCCCUCCACGCGCCUCCUUCUCUGAGACCAAUGUUAAACCCUAAUUUGCAGCAUCCGUUUCCAUUCGGCGAGCAGAGACAUCAUCAACAAGAGUUCGUCGGCCAUGAAAUUCACAUGGGUAUGGCUUCAUCUUCUUCUUCUCCGACUAUGCAAUCGCCGUCGAUGAUUCCUCAACCACCGCCGAUGUUGGCUGCGACGGAGCCGGUGGUUAAGAAGAAGCGUGGAAGGCCGAGGAAGUAUGUGCCUGAAUCUGAUAACCAAAUUGCUCUCGGACUCUCUCCGAUGGAUUCUUCACACAAAGCUAAGAACUCUUCCUCUUCAAUGUCUGAUCCUAAUGCACCUAAACGAGCUAGAGGUCGACCUCCAGGAACUGGGAGGAAGCAACGUCUCGCUAAUCUCAGAACCGGAACGGUUUCGUCAGUGACACUACGUCAACCCGCAUCCUCAGUGCCUUCUCUCUCUUUUCAGGGGCCUUUUGAGAUUCUAAGUAUAGGAGGAUCUUACUUGGUCAAUGAAGAAGGUGGGCCUAAAAACCGAAGUGGUGGUAUUAGUGUCUCUCUCUCCCGCCCUGAUGGUUAUCUGCUCGGUGGCGGUGUUGGAACGCUUAUUGCAGCCAGUCUUGUUCAGGUCGUGGCGUGUAGUUUUGUGUACGGAAGUGCGAAGGCUAAAGCGAUCAAGCAAGAAAACGGAUCAAAGGAACACAAAAGCAACAACAUGGAGACGACGACACCGACUAGAGAACCGAUGGUCAGGAUCUGGUGGUGGGAAGAGAUCAAUUGA